GACCGUCACACGACACGAACGCGCCCCGACCUGUCGAGACGCCAUCGGGACGUCGCGAGCGCGAGAAGUGGCGUCGAGACGCGUCGAUCGCGGUCCGGUCCGAGGGAUCAACGCGCGGGGGUUGGGUCGGGUCGCGCGCGACAAUUGCGCGGUCUGAAACGAUACCGCUGGAGGAGGAGCGUAAACUCCAUGGCGGAGACGGAGGCGUCGGUCGAGGCGCCCCCGGCCGCGGUGGAUCCGCGUCCGGAGCCCCCGCUCGGCGAUGCGUCCAUCGCGGAAGUGUCGAACGGCGCGAUGCGUGACGACUCGGCGGACGGACCGGGAACGCCCGCGCCCGCCACCCCAAAGAAGCAAACGAUCCUCGAAGCCUCCCCAGCCGCGGCCGUGGACGAGUCCGAGCGCGAGAAGGAUGAUGAAUCGCCGGGCGCGGUGGCGCUCUUCGACCUGGACCACACCAUCAUAGACACGAACAGCAGCUGGCACUGGGUGCAGCACGAGGUGAACAACGGCAAGGUGGGUUUCGGCAUGCUGAUGACGGCGCUGUACUGGUUCUCGAGGUACGCCCUCGGCCUGGGCGCGGGAGCCGAACGAGCGGGCGCGGAGGCUGCCGAGCUCUACGCCGGGGAGAUGGAGGAUGACCUGAACGAGCGGGUCGUCACGUUCUUCCGCAAGGAACUGUCGCACAGGGUUCGGCCGGGGUGUAAGGAGGCGAUGGCCAGGCACAAGGCGGACGGCGUGCGAUGCGUGAUGUGCACGAGCUCGUGGCAGCAUCCAGCUCGAGCCGCCGCCGAGCUCUACGGGUUGGAGUCGGCGCACGCAGACGUCAUCUCAUCCGUCAUGGAGGUGGACCAGAGCACGGGGCGACUGACUGGACGGAUUCAGAAGGUGGCGUACGGGGACGGUAAGCAUUUAGUGACGAAGGAGUGGGCGACACGCGCGAACGUCGACCUGGCCAAGUGCUGGUUCUACACGGAUUCCUUCUCGGACGUCGCGCUCAUGGAGGCUGUCGGCUUUCCAGUCGCGGUGAACCCGGAUGCGCGGUUGAGGAAACACGCGCAGGAGAAAGGAUGGCCGGUGGAGGACUGGGGUCUGGCGGAGGAUAAGAGUAAGAAACCGAGGUACGCGUACGCGUGCCUGACGAUGAAGGGGUCCUCCCAAGGGCCGGGGUGAGGGAGACCGCGGUCGAGUAGCUCGUGGCGUUGAAACUUAUGUAACCACUGAGAGUCC